AUGCCAUCCAAAAAGAACCCACCACCACGAUCAUCCAAUGAAAACACUGAUGAAUCGGGAGAGACUUCAGAUGAAUCCUCUGCAAAAUCCAACUUCUCAACAACAAACUCUCUACGCCGAUCGACCCGCUCUCGGCAACCGUCAAAAGGUACAUCGGCUGCCAAUUCUGAUUCAUCUCAAACUUCAAAACACACCCCAAAAAAGCGUAAGAACAACUUGAAUCCCAAGGUUAAGAAAAAGCGUAAAACCAAGAAAGAUUUGCUCGCCGAAGCAGUGAUAUCAACUUCUGCAACUACUUCAUCAAAUAUCCUCCAAACACAUGUCGAUCUUGUACAGGACUCUGAUAAGGAGAAUCAAAAGAUUAAGCCUCGAAAGGAGGUAUGCAAGCACACGAAACCAAUUGAAUACUAUGGUACACCCAUAAGAGGUGGAAAUGAUUAUUUUUAA